CCAGUGACGAUUCUAUUUUUUCGAAACUUGAUCACUGUUAUCACUUGUGUUUAGCGCGCGGUGAUCGUCAGUGAUUCUUGUGAAAUGCGUACUUGACUAUUCGGUUCUUGGCAUAAUCGAACUCGCAGUGAAAAAAAAAAUGACAUCAGUGACGUGACCGAGAAAAGUCGAUAAUCGAAAUCGAAAAUCGGGUAAAUGAUGCCACGUGCUUUGUAAUUGUGGAAUCGUAAUGCAUGGAUCACUAAUUGAUCUACAAUUAUCUUCUGUCCCUCUCCGCCUAAUUGCUGGCAAUAAUAAUUUUGAUUACUACCUCUAUUGAGUGUUGAAUUAAUUUUAAAACCGUUUUUACAAUUAAAAAUAUAAAUCAACAGCGUUCCUCUUUUCGAAAUUAAAUUUAAAACUUCCGAAGUGUUAAAAGUUUUAAUCUGUGUUCAAAAAAGACGAGUGCGUGCUUUGUGUGACAAUCAAGGCAAAGUUUUGUGACACUGUGUGACGAUUUUGUGUAAAACAAAUGAUUUGUGAAAGUGUCAUGCUGUGCUGCUCAGUUUGAUUUCUACUUCGCCAACCGCUGAAAAGGCGGCGCCAUACACCCCCCGUACCCAUCACCCUCCAAAAUUACCCGAAUUCAAUCCCCCGCCAACAAAUCCUCCACCCUGAGUUUCACAGAUCCGUUUGGGCCUCCCCAGUCCACGGACGGGGGGGGCCCGUCCACCCCGCAGCCCGCGAUGACGAAUGACGCUCUAGAUCAACACCACCACCAUUUAGGGGGAUCACAGACUCCGCAUGACAUCUCCAAUUCAGCAAAUUCUACACCAACAAACCCGAGCUCAAAGUCAGCCUUUAUAGAGCUGCAGCAACAUGGGUAUGGACCUUUUAAGGGGGGAUAUCAGCAUCCUCACCAUUUUGGAAGCCCAGGUGGUCAACAGAACCCUCAUGAGGCGUCAGGGUUUCCAAGUCCUAGGUCUUUAGGGUAUCCUUUCCCUCCUAUGCAUCAAAACACGUAUGGGUACCAUUUAGGGUCGUAUGCGCCGCAAUGUGCCAGUCCGCCUAAGGAUGAGAAAUGCGGCCUCUCCGACGAUCCGGGUCUCCGAGUAAAUGGCAAGGGGAAGAAAAUGAGGAAACCACGCACGAUAUACUCCAGUCUCCAGCUCCAGCAGUUAAAUCGAAGGUUCCAGAGGACGCAGUAUCUUGCUUUGCCCGAACGGGCAGAGCUGGCUGCCAGUCUUGGGCUCACGCAGACGCAGGUGAAGAUCUGGUUCCAGAACCGGCGCAGCAAGUACAAGAAAAUGAUGAAGGCCGCACAAGUUGGUGCCCCGCCGCCCAGUCUCAGCCUGCCGCCUGGCAGCCCGCCGAACAAUAAUCAGUUAUUACAUGGUGGCGGCGGUAGCUCUAGCGGUUCUCAGCACUCUCCAUCAGCGUACCAAAGUGGGGGACCAGCGCAGGCGCACUCCCCUACCCCUAGUUCCACCCCCGUGUCGGAAUUGUCCCCCGGGCUGUCUCCUACUAGCACCCCGUGGGAUGUGAAGCAACCCCCGCAACAGGCUUGGGAUGUGAAGGUCGGAUAUCCAACGGCAGGAAGAUCGCCUGAUGGAUCUUCGUGUGAUGUAAAACCGCCUCACCAGCAGUCGUGGGAUCCGCGGGUCGGAUAUGGCGCGCCACCCGGCCCUUGGGACAUGAAAGGCGCGCACGCUGCGCACGCGCUUCAUCACCAGGGCGCCCCCCAGCCCCACCCCCCCUACGUGCCGCAGUACUCGUGGUACCAAACUGACGCCAACCCUGGGUUGCUCACGGUUUGGCCUGCAGUGUAACAGCGUUUGGACAGAAAAAAAGUAACUGAUUUUUCCAAUGUAAGUGAUUUUAUCUAAAGAUUGACAACCUUGGUGUUAUCCCUCAUGUAAUGAUAUUUCAAAGAACUAAUUUGUUCCACCGAGAACACGUUCUAUCGGUUUCAAUGCUAGAAUCACCAAAUGGUGCGAGACUUGUCAGUUUUUACUAAUAAAAGGACUUAAUGGCCGGAAAAAAAAAUGGCGCACAAUCAAAAUGGCGGAUUUUGAAAUAAAAGGUAAAUGUGAAAAGUUUAAAUGUAUCGGCACAACCAACUUUUAAAUCUAAGAAGAAUA